CUGUACCAAAGAUCUAUAAAAAUAAAUAGAUGUGUAUUUUAUACUUCUUUGACUGUACAAACUAUAACAUCACAGCACAUAUUAAAUGAUAUUUUUAUGUAUAAAACCCCUCAUAAGUAACGAGUUUUAGAUGCGUUUGUAAGAUUUACUGAGAAACUACUUUUAAAACUAUGAGAGUUUUUAAGUAAGGUUAUUGGACCCAAAAGAGUAAAAUUGAUACAGUAGUUUCAGAUUCAUAAUUGUUGUAAAAUAAAAAGAUAGGAUAAAUAUCUAUCAAUUUAAUAAAUUUGGGGAAUGUGCCUUAAUGUAAAAACAAAAUACAACCAUCAUAAUGUUUCAAUUUUCAGAUUCAUUUUAAGAUUUACUUAACAAAACCAACAAUGUAAUGAUCAUUUUAUAACACUUCCAAAGAGUAAAAAACAUAAUAGUUUCUCCACUACCCAAUCAAGUACCGAUCAAGCGAUCAAUGAAGCAUGCACAGAUAAACUUUUACCUGUGACAUGCCUGGGGCUAAUUUCCACUACUGGACACCGUUUUAUGGCUCUUUAGCCUGUGUAUUGCUGUCAAAUCAAGCCAGUUGCGCUGGUGUAUAAAUUUGUUAAUUGAGGGGCCCAUAGUAAUAAAAAUCGUAACUAGCCAGCCAGCUGGGGGGGGGGGGGGGGGGGGGGGCGCCCCCCCACCUGGACACGUGCCUGUGUACUGUGCAAAAUUGUAAUUUUAAUGAAAUGCAACUUCCUCUAAGGAUUGCAAUACAGUAUUUGACAUUUUCUUCUUUAUAUUUCAGACCUGAGAGACGAUUUGGUAACAUUCUACAAAGACACGCACAGUUCUAUACCACUUUCACCGCUGUUUGAAGAGCACGACACUCCACUGGUAGAUUUUUACGUUUUGCCACAAAUGAAUUCCAUUGAAGUGCAGAACUUGUUUUCGGAAGGGGGAGAGAUUAAAACUCCAGUCAAAUUGUCAGACAUGUUCAAGUCGGGAAACAAAUGGAGUCGUGAAAUAUAUUUAAUUGCUGAAGCCGGUUUGGGGAAAACUGCAUUUUCGAAAUACCUUGCUGUAACGUGGUGCCAGGCUCAUCGUCCAGAAAAGGAAUUUGAAAAAUAUUUCCCAGAAGAUGCAAUAGAUGUAAUGCGCGAAUUCGACUUUUUAUUUCUGGUGUUGUUACGGGAUUCUUCUGAGGGUUGCAGUAUUGAUAAUUUGAUAGUAAAUCAAAUUGUGCAAAAUUUAUCUCUCUCAUGCACUAUGACAGUAAGUUCCCUACAGGAGAUCCUACAUCGUGAAAGAUGUUUAGUAAUCUUAGAUGCACUCGACGAGUGGACCCAUCCUGGAGAAAAAUGUGUAAAAGUACCAAAAACAAUCCCUCAUCGUAAUGCACGUGAAAAGUGCACAAUCCUGACAACGACGAGGCCUUGGAAAUUAAGUGUCAUUAAUCUUAAAACCAGUCAAAUAGAUAAGAAAGUAGAGUUAGUAAAACUAACCUCGCAGUCAGCACAAGUGUUGAAGGAAAGGGCAAUUUCAAAAAUAAAAAAGCUAGAUGUUUCUGAUGCAAAACGCUUGGCAAAAGCCUUUAGUACAGAAAUAAACGAGAAGAAACUUGAGAAUCUGGAAUCCGUUCCCCUCCUUUUGAUGUAUCUCAUUUGUUUAUGGUGUGACGAUCUUCCUCUAGGAAAGUCAAAGAGUGAACUAUAUACAAACAUUAUUGAACUCCUGCUCUCAAGAACAGUUAGCAUAUACCCAGAACUAGAAAUAACGAGCGAAUCAUCCCAGAGUGAUAUCCCACAAUUCUGGAGUAAACACGUAAAUUGUAAGAAAUAUUACGCGCUUCUAAAAGCGUUAGGACAAUUGGCGUUUGAAACAUUAUUCAGUAAACAACGUGAAAGCACGCUAGUAUUUAGUCAGUCAGUCACUGAAAGAUAUUUAAACAAAGACGAUUUGAAGUUAUGUCUUCUCUCAGGAAUAUUAACACAAAGUAAGGAAGUGAAAUUAACCAGUGAAAGUUAUAAAGUUUCGUUUUCCCACAAAACAGUACAGGAAUAUUUCUGUGCACUGUACAUUUGCUGCCAAAGUGAAAUUGAUGUCGAAAAAUUCAGCAGUGUACAAAAUAUUCUUGAUAUGUCGACAGUGUUUAUUUUUAUCAGUGGAAUGAAUGCAGAAAUCAUGUCUUCAAUAUCACGCGAAUUAAUGUCUGUAAUCAGUGAAGAUCAAAUAACGAGAACAUACAGAUCUAUGGCAGGUUACGAUUACAGGUACGUUAAUCCUCUGAUAGACAUACAAAACAUGUACAUUUCUUGUUUGAAAGAAAACACGGACAACACUUCUCUUUGUUUUCAGGAUUUUAUCAUCGAUAAAAAAUGUCAACAAGAAAAUCACUUCUUGAAUUUAAAACAUCUGGUGAUACACAAUAAAAGUAAUAUUAUGUCAUUAAGUAUCAGAAUAGAAGGCAUUCGUUGUUUACGUGAACUUAUCGAUCAGUGUGAACUUGAUGACCUGCACGGUGUCAAGAAAAUAUUCUACACUGGGGAAUGUACUAAGGAAGCGGAAAUUAUUCGGUUGUUGACAAACAAGUCGUUGGAAUGUGUAACUGUUCUAUCAGCUACAUGGCAAGGUAAUAACUUUAUAGCCAAACUUAGUUCUUGUUCCAGUGAACUGUCUAAAACAUUUCAGAAUAUUUCUCAGUUACGAGCAAUUAAUAUCGAUUGUUUCAAGAUGGAGCACGAUGUGCUGAAGGAGUUUCUGAAUUAUAUUAUAAACAGAAAAUCAAUGGCGGAGAUUAGUUUGUUCAACUUACACUGUGUCACACACGAUAUUUCCUGCGGAGGAAUGAAUUUGGACUUUUCCCAGCAUUCAGAUCUAAGGACGUUAGCAUUGGGCGGUAUACCUGUGUCACAAUUAAAAGUGAAUGUAUCGUCGUUAGAGGAAUGUCAUGUAGGACAUUUAUCUAAACCCGGUCUGUCCACGUCAUUGCUGAGAGAGCUGCCAGCAGCCAGUAAACUACACAGAUUUAGUUGUAGUUCUCUAAAAUCUUCCGGUGACAUUGAAACAUUGCUGCAGACAUUACCAUUGUUAGUUCCAGUGAAAGAAGUUAGGUUGGGGAGUAUCAACCUAGGUGAAAGGUCACUGUCUCUGUCACCGGAAAUGGUGAAUAUACAGCUUGUUUACUUGGAGAAGGUAACAAUGUCUGGUUCAUCAUUACGUAAUCUAGUUAAGGUAGUAGAGAAACUUCCACACUCAGUGACAGUAAUAAUGCGAGAUUGUAAUAUAACACCGGAAACAGAAUUUGCAGACGUUAAAAAAUAUAUAAAAACAUCGGAGAAUUUCGUGGUCACGUUUGAUGGAAUCAAUCGGUACGACAACAAGUACCUGUUUGAGUUUCAAACAACUGAAGCUGGAAGUCGAGUAGAUUAAGUUAACCAGGGAACUUGGACUGAUAGUGUAAAUAUUUUAUAAACAUUACUCAUUGAAUAUAUGCAACAUAAAACAUAACACAUUGACAUUACAUAUGACAUGUAUGUACAGAUUUAAAAAUAGCCACGCUUGCGAGUGAAAUAGACUUGAAAAUCAAUUCUAGGAAAAGGAGUUAAAAUAGUUGUGCAUAGAUCAUGAAGAGGAUGGGCGUUCUCAUAUCUGCAUGGAUUUAUAACACAAGAUUGCUGUGGAAUUGACCAAUCAAAAGAGACAAUGAUGACAGAGUUACAGGAACUGUUUAGUCGUAUGACAGCGGAUGAGACGACUUUAAUUAGCUCUAUGAUGCUCGUUAUACUCUUUUGAAGAGCAGUUGUGUGGACAGUCGUCACAGGAGAUGUGGGUUGUGUGAUUCUGGCUGUGUCUUCAUGGUGCACAGGAAAGACGACCACAGGUUGCGAUUAGUAUGGAGAUUCUGCUGUACUAAAGAGCAAGGUUUACUACAAUGAUCUGUCUCAGGCGGCAGCGAUCGUAAAUUAGUACAUGGAUCCUUGUUCAACGUAACAGUAAUUCAGUUUAUACAGACAGUUGGCUCAAUUUGACUUUUGAACUGUAUCACACCUUUAUGAAAGUACUAACCUAUAUCUAUAUAGACAAUCAGAUGUAUAUAACAAACUGGAUCCCAACUUCACUGAGAAAUAAUUGAGCUUGGAGACCAGCUCCAUUGCCAUACUGUGUAAUGUUCAAAAGAAGACUUUUCAGUACAACGAUAAUUAUCUUAUUCAAAAGUGAUAGGCUUGCAGAGAAAUUCUAUAUUAUAUAAGAACUUGAGAUUUAAAAACCAGUACAUGUAAAAUCACCUGUAGUGAUCAGUGACAUCCAAAAAGAAAUGUUUAUGAUUUUAAAUUUGAGCCAAGGGUGGAAGCAGUCAGAUUUUUAGCUCACCUGUCACAAAGUGACAAGGUGAGCUUUUGUGAUCGCGCGGUGUCCGUCGUCUGUUGUCCGUGCGUGCGUGCGUGCGUGCGUCCGUAAACUUUUGCUUGUGACCACUCUAGAGGUCACAUUUUUCAUUGGAUCUUUAUGAAAGUUGGUCAGAAUGUUCACCUUGAUGAUAUCUAGGUCAAGUUCGAAACUGGGUCACGUGCCUUCAAAAACUAGGUCAGUAGGUCUAAAAAUAGAUAACCUUGUGACCUCUCUAGAGGCCAUAUAUUUCACAAGAUCUUCAUGAAAAUUGGUCAGAAUGUUCACCUUGAUGAUAUCUAGAUCAAGUUGGAAACUGGGUCACUUGCCAUCAAAAACUAGGUCAGUAGGGCUAAAAAUAGAAAAACCUUGUGACCUCUCUAGAGGCCAUAUAUUUCACAAGAUCUUCAUGAAAAUUGGUCAGAACAUUCACCUUGAUGAUAUCUAGGUCAAGUUUGAAACUGGGUCACGUGCCAUCAAAAACUAGGUCAGUAGGUCAAAUAAUAGAAAAACCUUGUGACCUCUAUAAAGGCCAUAUUUUUCAUGGGAUCUGUAUGAAAGUUGGUCAGAAUGUUCAUCUUGAUGAUAUCUAGGUCAUCUUCGAAACUGGGUCACAUACGGUCAAAAACUAGGUCAGUAGGUCUAAAAGUAGAAAAACCUUGUGACCUCUCUAGAGGCCAUAUAUUUCACAAGAUCUUCAUGAAAAUUGGUCAGAACGUUCACCUUGAUGAUAUCUAGGUCAAGUUCGAAACUGGGUCACGUGCCAUCAAAAACUAGGUCAGUAGGUCAAAUAAUAGAAAAACCUUGUGACCUCUCUAAAGGCCAUAUUUUUCAUGGGAUCUGUAUGAAAGUUGGUCUGAAUGUUCAUCUUGAUGAUAUCUAGGUCAAGUUUGAAACUGGGUCACGUGCGGUCAAAAACUAGGUCAGUAGGUCUAAAAAUAGAAAAACCUUGUGACCUCUCUAGAGGCCAUAUAUUUCAUGAGAUCUUCAUGAAAAUUGGUCAGAAUGUUCACCUUGAUGAUAUCUAGGUCAAGUUCGAAAGUGGGUCACGUGUCUUCAAAAACUAGGUCAGUAGGUCAAAUAAUAGAAAAACCUUGUGACCUCUCUAGAGGCCAUAUUUUUCAUGGGAUCUGUAUGAAAGUUGGUCUGAAUGUUCAUCUUGAUGAUAUCUAGGUCAAGGUCGAAAGUGGAUCACGUGCCAUCAAAAACUAGGUCAGUAGGUCAAAUAAUAGAAAAACCUUGUGACCUCUCUAAAGGCCAUAUUUUUCAUGGGAUCUGUAUGAAAAUUGGUAUGAAUGUUCAUCUUGAUGAUAUCUAGGUCAAGUUCGAAACAGGGUCAUGUGCGGACAAAAACUAGGUCAUUAGGUCUAAAAAUAGAAAAACCUUGUGACCUCUCUAGAGGCCAUACUUGUGAAUGGAUUUCCAUUAAAAUUGGUCAGAAUGUUCACCUUGAUGAUAUCUAGGUCAAGUUUGAAACUGGGUCACGUGCCUUAAAAAACUAGGUCAGUAGGUCAAAUAAUAAAAAAACCUUGUGACCUCUCUAGAGGCCAUAUUUUUCAUGGGAUCUGUAUGAAAGUUGGUCUGAAUGUUCAUCUUGAUGAUAUCUAGGUCAAGUUUGAAACUGGGUCAACUGCGGUCAAAAACUAGGUCAAUAGGUCUAAAAUUAUUAAAAUCUUUUGACCUCUCUAGAGGCCAUAUUUUUCAAUGGAUCUUCAUGAAAAUUGAUCUGAAUGUUCACCUUGAUGAUAUCUAGGUCAGUUUCGAAACUGGGUCACAUGCGGUCAAAAACUAGGCCAGUAGGUAUAAAAAUAGAAAAACCUUGUGACCUCUCUAGAGGCCAUAUUUUUCAUGAGAUCUUCAUGAAAAUUAGUGAGAAUGUUCACCUUGAUGAUAUCUAGGUAAAGUUCAAAACAGGGUCACGUACCUUCGAAAACUAGGUCAAUAGGUCAAAUAAUAGAAAAACCUUGUGACCUCUGUAGUGACCAUAUUUUUCAAUGGAUCUUUAUGAAAAUUGGUCAGAAUUUUUAUCUUGAUAAUAUCUAGGUCAAGUUCAAAACUGGGUCACAUGAGCUCAAAAACUAGGUCACUAUGUCAAAUAAUGACAUCAUACUCAAAACUGGGUCAUGUGGGAAGAGGUGAGCGAUUCAGGACCAUCAUGGUCCUCUUGUUUCAGACAAUUUUAACAUGUGACGCAUAUUUAAGUUCACGUCAGAACCAAGUGCACAAUGCGAGCUUAUUAUCAUAAACAACCUGUAUCCGACGUCGUGUGUCAACUGUUCAAACUCCAGAGGUCUUAUACUGACAUUAUCAAAUUUAGACGAAAUGACCUAGGUGUAAAAAAGUAGUUUUUCCACCGCUUCAUCAAUUUAUGUACUGCCUAAAUUGUGUUCACGAUCAGGACUAAUAGUACCCAGAGAAGUCAGAUUUAGUAUUAUACUGUACAUAGAAUAUCAUUUACAUAUUUUAUUUUGUACAUACUCAGACAAGAGUAUCCUUUGAUAAACUGGUAUACUGUCUAUUUGUUAUGCCUUUUAAUGUUUCCUAAUACUUUCUUUUAAUACUCAGGGAAAACACUUUUGUUGUAUUAUGAUCUUGUUUUGAUUCAUGGCACAACUUGAGGUUUUGAUAAGAAAUUGUGCUAUCAGAAGUGUAUAAAUAUGUUUUUGGCCUUCCAUUUAUCAGUUAGGUUUUUAGCUUUUUAUUUCUUUAUUGCGAUUUAAAUACUUUUCACACAUUUUUUUGUACAUAAAUAAAUAUUGUUUGAUUUAAAUACAAGUAGAUUGCCUAUACAUGUAUGUAGCGUGUUUGUGGAUGUCUAAGGUAUCGCACAGUAAUAAGGCACUUUGAAACAUGAACAAACAAAACAAUAGCUAAAAUUUAAUUCAAUACACAACGUUUACGCUGCAAAUAGUAAAUUCCUCGUUGACCGAGCGGUGUUGGUAUCCGUCUUAUACUUUAUCGUUGGGAGUUUGAUUCCCAAACCCAUAUAAAAAGUAUUAAUUUUUAGCUCACCUGUCACAUAGUGACAAGGUGAGCUUUUGUGAUCACCCUUCGUCCGUCGUCAGUCCGUCCGUCCGUGCGUCAACAAUUUCGUGUCUGCACGAUAGUGGUUUCAUUUAUGAUUUUAUUUUAACCAAACUUGCACACAACUUGUAUCACCAUGAGAUCUCGGUUCCUUUCUUGAACUGGCUAGAUCCCAUUAUGGGUUCCAGAGUUAUGGCCCCUGAAAGGGCCAAAAUUAGCUAUUUUGACCUUGUCUGCACAAUAGCAGCUUCAUUUAUGAUUUGAACUUAAUCAAAAAAACUUACACAAAACUUGUGUCACCAUAAGAUCUUGGUUCCUUUUUUGAACCAGCCAGAUCCCAUUAUGGGUUCCAGAGUUAUGGCCCCUGAAAGGGCCAAAAUUAGCUAUUUUAACCUUGUCUGCACAAUAGCAGCUUCAUUUAUGAUUUUAUUUUAACCAAACUUGCACACAACUUGUAUCACUAUAAGAUCUUGGUUCCUUUCCUGAACUGGUGAAAUUCCAUUAUGGGUUCCAGAGUUAUGGCCCCUGAAAGGGCCAGAAUUAGCUAUUUUGACCUUGUCUGCACAAUAGCAGCUUCAUUUAUGAUUUGAAUUUAAUCAAACUUGCACAAAACUUGUGUCACCAUAAGAUCUCGGUUCCUUUUUUAAACCGGCCAGAUCCCUUAAUGGGUUCCAGAGUUAUGGCCCCUGAAAGGGCGAAAAUUUGCUGUUUUGACCUUGUCUGCACAAUAGCAGCUUCAUUUAUGAUUUGAUUUUAACCAAACUUGCAUACAACUUGUAUUACCACAAGAUCUUGGUUCCUUUCUUGAACUGGCCAGAUUCCAUCAUGGGUUCCAGAGUUAUGGCCCCUUAAAGGUCUAAAAUUGGCUGUUUUGGCUUUUGCAGCCAUAUAGAUACUUCAUUUAUGGUUUUAUUUGAUACAAACUUCCAAAAUAUCUUCAACAACAAUGAAUCUUGGAUUCCAUGACAAAUCAGAUCCAAUCGUAGGUUCCAGAGUUAUUUUAUAUCUGAUUACCUCCCCUGAUAGUAAUCAAAAUGGAUUUAUAUCAGUAAGUACUUAUAGGACUUAUUUGAAAUUUCAUUAUUGUCAUUAGUUGGACUGAGCCAAUGAGGGUAGAUAACUAUGGACUGAUUUUAUAUCAAAUUACCUCCCUUUAUUUCAAAUUAGAAUGGGUAUAUCUCCGUAACUAAUGAAGAUACUGAUCUGAAAUUUCAUUUAUGUCAACAGGUUUAUUUGGCAGAUCCUUCUUUUGUUCAUUUACAAUAAUUUUUUUUUAAUUACUUCCCUUUUACGUUACUAUAAAUAGCUUAUUUUUAGUAACUUUUUUAUUAUUGGCCGUAGGGAAAAACCGAGACCACUUUUCUGUGGUACAACAUGGAUGGUACCUCCAAUUUUUAGGUGUAUUUUGACAUAUCUGUACCUUGUAAGAAUUUUUUUUCUUUUUGGUUAAAUUUCUUCUCUUUGUUGUUCCUGUCCUUUGUGGACUUAGAUAUUUUUUCUGAGGACCUUCUUGUCCUCAAGUGCAAUGAUAACAGGUGAGCGAUAUAGGGCCAUCAUGGCCCUCUUGUUUAUUUUUUUCAAUACGAUUCAAUGAUGACCGGACAAGUUUGUUAAUCUAGUACUAACUUGUUCACUAAUUUAUAUAGGUCACUGUUAACAUGUAAACAUGUUUAAAUAUGCUUCACCUUUAAUAUGAUCUAAUGUUUUAGGCUUUUGUAAAUAAAUUAGAAGCCAAAGAAAAACAAACUUGCACAAAGUUAUAUAUAAUAUAAAUUAAAUACAAAAUAAAGAAAAUGACGGAUGCAAAGUUUGAACCAUUAAAAUCUAUCACUACGUAAUAAAUUAUGUAUAUCUACCAAGUCUACUGUGCCAUCAAGCCAGUUAUUGAUCUUACUUCCAAUAUUUUUUGUUUUAGAAGAGAUUGCUAAGUAUUGAUUGUUUAUAAUUCUUUACAUGUUGCUAAAAAUAAAAACGCCAUAAUACUGUGCGGUACUUAUAGUCAGGUUAUAGAGAUUUGCAUUAUUAUUGUAGCACACUGAUUCGUAACAGCGAUGUACAUGUACACUUGCUGUCUUGGUAUAUUUCAUACGAACAUUUGGUCAGAUAUGCAAAUUUUGUCAUAUGUCGUCCGUCAACAUUUGCCUUGUGAACACUCUAGAGGAUAUAUUUGUGAGCCAGUCUUUAUGAAACACAGUCUGAAUGUUUAUCUUGAUGAUCUCCAGGUCAAGUUCGAAACUGGGUUAUGGGGGUAAAAACUAGGUCAGAAGGCCAGAUCAAAGGAAAAGCUUGUAAACACUCUAGAGGCCACAGUUGUGACCCAUUAUUUAUGAAAUUUGCUCAGAAUUGUUGUAUUGAUAACUUCUAGGCCAAGUUUCAAUCUGGGUCAUGUGAGGUCAAAGACUAGGUCACCCGGUCGAAUCAGAGGGAAUCCUUGUGAACACUCUAGAGGCCACAGUUUUGACUCAAUCUUUAUGAUAUUUGGGCAGAAUGUUAGUCUUGAUGAUCAUGUUCGACAGGGUUACGUGGGAUAAAAAAGAAAUAUGUCAGUAGGUCAUAUCAAAAGAAAAUCUUGUAAACACUUUAGUGACCAAAGUUAUGACACAAUAUCUAUGAAACUUGGUCAGAAUGAUUAUCUUGAUGAUUUCUAGGUCAAGUCUGAAUCUAAGUCAUGUGGGGUCAAAAACUAGUCCAUAGGUCAAAUCAAAGGAAAACCUUGUGAAUACUAUAGAGACCACAAUUUUCACACAAUCUUUAUGAUGGUUGGUCAGAAUGUUUUGUCUUUGUGAUUUCUAGGUCAAGUCUGAAUCUGGGUCAUUUGGGCCAGAUCAAAUGAAAAGUUUUUUGACUUUCUAGGGGCCACAGUUGUGACCCAAUAUUUAUGAAACUUGGUCAGAAUGAUUGUCUUGAUGAUUUCUAGGUGAGGUUUGAAUCUGGGUCAUUUGGGGUCAAAAACUAGGUCACCUGGUAAAUUUUUUAAAAAAGCUUGUAAACACUCUAGAGGCCACAAUUUUGACUCAAUCUUUAUGAUACUUGGUCAGAAUGUUUGUCUUAAUCAUCUUUGGGUCUAGUUUGAAUCUGGGUUAAAAGCUACGUCAUCAGUAGGCCAGAUCAAAUGAAAAGCUUUUUGACACUCUAGAGGCCACUGUUGUAACUCAAUCUUUAUGAAAGUUUGUCAGAAUGUUUGACUUGAUGAACUCUAGGUCAGAUUUGAAUCUUGGUCAUGUUGGAUCAGAAAGUAGGUCAGUAAGCCAGAUCAAAGGAAAAGCUUGUGAACACUCUAAAGGCCACAUUUGUUACCAAAUCUUUAUGAAACUUGGUCAGAAUGUUUGUCUUGAUGAUCUCUAGGUCCAGUGUUAAUGUAGGUAAUAGAGUCAAAAACUAGGUCACAUUGUCAAAUCAAAGGAAAAGUUUGUGAACACUCUAAUAGCAUCAUAUGUGACCCAAUCUAUAUGAAACUUGGUUAGAAGGUUUAUCUUGAUGAUCUUUAGGUCAAAUUCGAAACUUGGUCAUUUAGGGUCAGUAGGCCUGAUAAACUCUGGUGAGCGAUAUAGGGCUUUCAUGGCCCUCUUGUUUUGUUUUACCAUACAAGUGAAGUUUAAAGAUUACAUAGUACAAACAAUCAAUUUCCUUUGACAUUCACAUUCUAGAAAUGUCUCAUGUUUUACAUUAUAUAGAAAUAGAAUAUAGAAUUAAAAAAAAUAAUACAAAUUAAGUCAUACUAAAGAACUUGGCCAUUAUAAUCGUUUUAAUCAAAUUGAAGCUUAGUUGCGUUCUCUGCUUCCGAAGGAUCUUUUCACAGCUUUCAAGGCGUACGCUAGAAUUCACUGGUAUUGAAAAUGAGUUAUCUGCCCUUUAUUUCCCAAUGUUGUUUUCAAAGAUGGAUAACUCUUUUUCCAUUCCAGUGACAUAUUAAUCUUAUUGCAUAUUUUUGUUUGUUUAGAUAAUUUAGAUAAUUAUCUUUCAAUCUACAAAGUUUAAAGAAAUUCUAAUGUUGUGUCACAGUAGUGUGGUGGCAGACAUAUUGAUUUACACCUGUCGGUGUUUGUGUGCAUCUGUCUGUCACAAUCUUGUUUUGACUCUAAGUCGGAGUUCUCACCCUAAUUUCACUAAACAUGAAGAAAAUAUGUUUGACCAGAAGUCCUCAAGACAAGUUUGAUAGCGAACCAAAUCGGCCCAGGCACUUCGGAAUUAAGGCUCUUGAUUACCAAAAAUCAGCAUUUUUACUAUUGUCCAAGCUCCGAAUCAAAAUAGUUCUCAUCAAAUUUUCACGAAACAUGACCAAAUGUGUUUGACUCUAAGUCCUUACCCAGGUUUGAACUAGCCUAAUCGACACAUGCAUUUUGGUAUUAUGGCACUUAAAUUACCGAAAAUUGGCCUUUUCACUCUUGUUUGCGCUGAACUAUUCUCAUCCAUUCUUCACCAAACUUAAAAAAAUAAGUCCUCAGCCAAGUUCGAUAACCAGCGAAAUCAACCCAGGCACUUUGCAAUUAUGGCCCUUGAAUUACUGAAAAUCAGCCUGUUUACUCUUGUCUAAGCUCCAAGUCGAGCAGUUCUCAUCCGAUCUUCACCAAACUUGAACCAAUAUUUUUGACCAGAAGUCCUCGGCUUAGUUCAAUAACAUUGCCACUUCAGAAUUAUGGCCAUUGAAUUACCCGAAAUCAGCCUUUUUACUCUUCAAAGGAAUAUUUGUAGUGUGUAAACAGUGUAUAAGGACUGACUUAUUAUUUAGGUGAUUAGGUAGCUGUGGGAGACAUGCGCUUUUCUCAAAAGCAACACCCAUUUCGUAUGUAAAGGAAUUUAAGCAUAAUUUUUAGCUCGACUAUUCAUAGAAUAGUGAGCUAUUGGACUCGCCCAUGCGUCGGCGUCGGCGUCCGUGUCUGCGACCCGAUUUUGGUUAAGGUUUUGUAUGUAAGCUGGUAUCUCAGUAACCACUUGUGGGAAUGGAUUGAAACUUCACACACUUAUUCACUGUGACAAACUGACUUACAUUGCACAGGUUCCAUAACUCUGCUUUGCUUUUUUACAAAAUUAUGCCCCUUUUUCUACUUAGAAAUUUUUGGUUAAGGUUUUGUAUGUAAGCUGGUAACUCAGUAACCACUUGUGAGAAUGGAUUGAAACUUCACACACUUAUUCACUGUGAUGAACUGACUUACAUUGCACAGGUUCCAUAACUCUAUUUUGCUUUUUUACAAAAUUAUGCCCCUUUUUCUACUUAGAAAUUUUUGGUUAAGGUUUUGUAUGUAAGCUGGUAACUCAGUAACCACUUGUGGGAAUGGAUUGAAACUUCACACACUUAUUCACUGUGAUGAACUGACCUACAUUGCACAGGUUCCAUAACUCUGAUAUCUCAGUAUCCACUAAUUGGAAUGGAUUUAAACUUCACACACUUGUCACUGACAAGGCUGUUGAAUAGUCCAGCGUUGCUGUCCUCCGACAGCUCUUGUUUUUUAUGGCCUUAAGAUGUUUUUUUUUAUCUGAUGCAAAAAUACAUACCAUAAUUAUGUAUUCAGCUGAUAUGAUAUACUCCUCUACUUUUCCAUUUCUUACUGUUUUCAGCAAUUGAUUAGUAGAUAUUAGGUUAAUCUAAAUACCCUUUGUCAGCUACUUAUUUGUUAAAAGAUUGUUGAUUUUAUUUCCAUAAACCAUAAAUGUGCUUCUUUAUUCUGAUGUGGGAAAGUAUUUAGUCAUUUAUAUAACAAUUUUGACUGUUGCUGUUUUAUUACAUUCCGUAUACUUGUAAUUUGCUUGUACGUAUUUUGUAUAUAACAUGUUGCAUAACUAUAAUAUGUUUUUAUUGUACAGUAUGGUAAAUGGUCUUAUGAUAACAAAAUGAAUGGGACCUCCAUGGACAAGCUGUUAGGUCACUAACUUACCCACCUUUUACUGCUUUGUGUUCGAAACCAAUGAAGCAAUCUAGCUUGCUUACGAGAUGUUGAUGGUUUUACUUGGGCACCAGUACAUGCCUAAAAUAGUGCCUGGAGUAGCACUUUGGGUCUUCCCCAUCAAAAGCAGAGAAUUUGUCUUACGACCUAUGAUUGUGUGGUUCUGACUUUAAACUCUACCCAGGUAUUGAUGAACAUCUACAAGUAUGUUGUUGCUGCUUUCUUGCAAGUUAAUCAUUUUAAUUGGCUACCUUAAAAAUAUGUAUAUAAACAUUAUGAAGUUUUAUAUUUGGUUGUAAACUCUGUACUAUUGAACUUAUGUUUAUUGAAAUGAUUACUAUAAAACUUUGUGUCACAGUUAUGUCUUUAGUACUUAAGAGAUACACUUAGACACUGGAUAACUUUAAUACAAUUUAUAAUUUUGAAAACAGUACAUGUAUUUGUGUUGUUGUCUUUGAAAGCUGGUUAAUCUAAAGACCUGGGCUCCUAUUCAUAAAGAAUCUUAGAAUCAACCAAAUCAAUCUAAAAUAUUUCUUAUCUUAUUUUUUUAGACUUAGCUAAGAGAAAUUCUUAAGUUCUUAUUCAUAAAGCGACUUAGAAAAAUCUUAGCGAAAAAAGUAUAAGAAAAUGUUUUUCUUAGUUUCAUUUCUAUGUCUACAUUUAAUAUGAAAUUAGGUGCUACCUAUGACGCGGAAAGCCCGUCACAAGUUAAAUUAAGCUUAAUAAAGUCUAUACAGUAAAGAUGCAAUUCAUGAAAAACUGUUAACUGCGGUCAUUGGCGUCCAUUUUAUUUUUACUUUUCUAAGAUAAUUCUUAAAAGUUAAGAUAAGUGGCUACCCGUCUUAAAUUUUAAGAGAAAAAUCACCUACUUAAGAUAAUUUCUAAGCCAGAUUUCGUUCUUAGAACAAUUCUUAGGCAAAAAUGUUUCUAAGACACAUUUUAAGUCAAAAAUGAGAAAUACUUAGAAAAUGAUGACUUCUAAGAUAUAUUUCUAUCUAAGAUUCUUUAUGAAUAUGGGCCCUGUUCACAAUUUAGCUACUAAGUUCUGUGUACAUAUAUGUAUGUCUCCCUCCCAGCUAGUUUUUGCAUUUUAUAUGGGUGUUUUUGAGCUAUAUUGAUAAGGUGAACAAAAUCAAAUAUACUUUGAACAAAAUAUUAAAUUACACAAUUUAAUUAACUAUUUCAUGAAUUGUAAUUGUAUGAGUCAGGAACCAUGAUUUUGCCACUACAGCUUCAGUUUAAUGUUUCAUGAACAGUGUUUUUAUGAGCCGGAAACUAUAAUUGUCCCUAUACAUCUUUCAUGUUUGAUAUCGUGUUUUCAUGAGCCAGAAACAAUAAUAAGGUCUACACAUCUUCAGUUUGAUGUUUCAUCUACUGGGUUUGCAACCAGGAACCAUACUUUUGCCUAUACAAUGUGUUUUCAUGACCCAGGAAACAUGGAUUUGCCUAUACAUAUCCAGUGUAAUGUUGCAUGAGCCGGGUUUUCAUGAUCCAGGAACAAUAAUUUUGUCUUUUCAUAUGCUCAUAUUAUCUCGUUUUCAAAUGUUUUUAAUAUUUUCAAUGUAUGAACAUACCAAAAUAUGUGCAAAACAUAUUUUACUGAUUAUAGUUCUAUGUUAAUAAUAUACAUGAAGUAUUGUACUAUUGAGAAUGUGUUGAAUUAAAAAGUAACUAUUAAAGUUA